AUGGAAAGACUCAACGGGCAACCUGUGAUUCUAAACAGCCUCCUCUUCAAUGCUUCAUCUAACAUCAUUAGUACAAUCACUUACGGGACGAGAUACGACUUCCAUGAUAAGAACUUUGAGGAGCAGCUUAACAUCAUGAUGGAGCUUAUUGAAGGAGUAAGACUGUUAGAGCCUGCUAAUAUUAUCCCACCCCUAUGGCAUUCAAGAUGGUACAAGAGACGACGAGGAAUGUUCAAAGCGCAUGAGGACUUCAUCUGGGCACAUUUGGAACGUCAUAAAGCCACAUUGGAUCGAACCAACCUACGGGAUAUGAUGGAUGCAUAUCUAGUUGAGAUGGAGAGACGUCAGGAAACCAAUGAUCCAAUACAACAUAGUGAGCUAGGAAUUGUACACAGUAUAUCGGACUUGUUUGGAGCAGGGACUGGUACCUUGUCUAAUACCACACUGUGGAUCAUUGUGUAUUUGAUACGAUACCCCGAAAUACAGAAAAAGAUACUGGUUGAGAUAGAUCACGCUGUGGGAGCAAAUGGCAUAGUCUCCACUACACACAGAGAAGCAAUGCCAUACACAUGUGCCUUCUUGAUGGAGGUCCAGAGACUGCGCCCUCUGGCGGCAAUCAUCUUUAGACAUUUACAGCAGUCUGGAGUUCAAUUGUGCGGUUACAACAUUCCAAAGGGAACUCCAGUGUUUGGCAAUGUUUUCUACAUUCACAAUAAUCCUGCAGUAUUUGACAAUCCUACCGAAUGUAGACCAGAGCGAUUCCUGUCUGAAGAUGGAAAGACACUCGUUCCUAGGAAAGACUGGAUUCCUUUUGGUUUGGGUCGGCGUAUGUGUCUGGGUGAAGCAUUGACUAAGAUGGAGCUGUUUAUAUUCACUGUGACCAUCUUACAACGAUUCACCUUCAAGGUACCAGAAGGAGAAGGGCUCCCGCCUCUAGAUCUACCCACUGGAGGUCUCGUCAUGUAUGCUCCAAAAUUCAAGGUCUGCUGCGUGAAACGCUGACAGCAAACAAUACACAAUACACCAUGCAUCUAACUGCAUGCAUAAUAAUAAUCAUAGAAUAUGAUCUUAUACACAGGAGCCAGACUAAUUACCUCCAAGCCUCACUUUGAUCACAAUGAAUUGAAUGGGGGAAAAAAACUAAAUUGUUAGCCCCAUAAUGGAGGUAUUGGAUAGAACUGAUUCUGAGAACCAUUCCUGCUCCUCUCAGAACAACCACUACUCAGAGAGAUGUUAAACAUAAUGUCACCGCAAACCUCACCUGAUUCAAAUGACUUGUUUCAAAUAAUAAUUGACAAUAGAUCAAUACAGUAAUAGUUGCAUGAUUAGUCAUUAUCAUUAUCAUUAAUAUUUGUCUGGUAACAAAACCUUGGAACCUGAGCCUUAAAGUGUGACCCAUAGGCCUCAAGAUAUCUGAGCGUAGCAAAGAUUAUGAAAAAAAUUAACUUUUAGAUGUGGGAGGAAAACUCAAAUUGAGGAAACCAACACAACCUGAUGGGGACUGAAAACCUUGAUCCACAUGCAAGGCUGCAGUCUGAGGUGGGAUUCAAACCGGGGUCUAUUAAGGUGAAAGGGAGGGAAAGAA